AUGAUACAACGUGUGUUUUAAAAAACUCAAAAGAGGAUAGAAUUAAAUCUUUAUAAAAUAUAAGUUUAAAACAUUUAUAAAACCUUUGCUUCAGCAAAUCGUUGGAUAUUUUUUAUACAACGCAUUUUUUGUGAACAAAAUGAUAAUUGAAAAUCCAGACGCUUUCAAAAGUUGGUUGACGUCCAUAUUGGAACCACUGUGCGAUGCAGACCCCGCAGCCCUUGCAAAGUAUGUUUACGCCUUAGUCAAAAAGGACAAAGCCUUAGAUGAGCUCCGAGAUGGAAUGCUGGAUCAGCUUGAUGUUUUCCUGCAGCAGGAGACAAAACCAUUUGUGGACAUGUUGUUCAAAGCAUUGGAGACCCAAGAGUACUUGAAGUCAGUUGCACCAGCAGAGAAGAAGCAACCUACGCCACCCCCAGAAGUUGCUGACACCAAAGAAGAAAAAGAACCCGAAGUAGAAAAUAAUGUUGCCCCACCACCCGCAGAGCGCGUGCCGGUCCGCGAGCGGCUCGACACUCAUCGGGUCGUGGUGCCGCGCACCAGACCGCUGCCACCCCAACACGAACAUACUCUUGUAAAGGUUAUGCCAACAGAACUUUUGGAGGAACCAGUCGAGGCGCCGAGAAGACGCGAUCGUAGAACUGAAUCGUUGCGCGACAAGGAGGAACGUCGCCGUCGCCGUUCGCGGUCGUGGGAGCGGCGCGGCAGGAGACGACCACGUGAGGAACACGAGCGCAGACCUCUCAACAGGAGACCACCAUCCCGCUCGCCGUCGCCGCGCGGCCGAUACCGCAACCGCAGUCCGCCGCCUGCCGUCGAGAGACAUACCUCCAGAUCUAGGUCCCGGUCGCCGGCGACUCGCGACCGCGACGCGGCGCUGCUGCGUACGCGCGAGUUGGAGAGAGACCGCGUGUCCCGCGACCGCGAACACAGAGACAGAGUGUCGCGCUCGAGGGAUAGGGAACGGUCUCGCGACAGGUCGCGCGACCGCUCGAUGUCGCCGCACGAGACCCGCCUCGACCACAACGACGCCUACAAGCGACGUUGUAGAGAUUUUGACGUGAAAGGCUACUGCAUGCGCGGUGACCUGUGCGAGUGGGACCACGGCGUCGAUCCCGUCGUGUUGGAGGACGCCACGCUCACCAGAGUCCUCGCCAUCCCUCCGCCCGUUCCCGAAUACAACCCCGCGGCGCCGGACAUCUGGGGCGGCGGCGUGGGCGGGUUCCCGCCGCACGCGCACCCUCCGCACCUCCCUCACCACCUCGCGCCGAGAGAGCUCGUGCCCAUACCCAGGGUGCGACAAGACGUUCCGCCCGACGGCGCCGCGAUGCCGCCGCCGCUUGGACCGAGACAUCCCGCGCCUAUAAAGAAGAACUUCGACUAUAAUAGACUUUACCAAAACCCGCGUAACAACAGCGGACCGCGGCCGCCCCUGCCCGCUAACGCCGGCAAUCGCUCGCUGGAAGUGAAGAAGGUCCCGCGAGGUCUCAACGACAUCACACAUCUGAAUAACCACUUCAGCAAGUUCGGCAAGAUUGUUAAUAUACAGGUGUGCUUUGAGGGGGAUCCAGAAGCGGCGUUGAUAACUUUCUCCACGCCAACCGAGGCCAAUGUGGCCUACAAGAGUACAGAAGCCGUUCUCAACAACCGCUUCAUCAAGGUGUUUUGGCACAACCCUGAGAAUAAACAAGAGAAUACCGCUCCUGCUGGCCAAAAUCAGGCCAAGCCGGCUGAGAGGACAAACGCCUACGCCUCUCACAACAAAGUUCUCAUCAACAGAGACAACAUUAAAGCGACAGCUGAUAUCAAGCAACAAGCAACUGAGAAGGCAAAAGAAGCGAACGGCGUUGAGAACAAGCCGGAGCCUGUGACAAAUCCCAUCGUGAAGGCGAAACCGGUAUUGUCGGACGUGCAGCGGCGCGCGCAGGAACAGAAGCGGGCGCAGGAGCUGCUCGACUCGCAGAUACAGCAGCAGAAGCAACUCAUACAGAGACUCGAGUCGGGUAAAACUACUGAACAGGAGAAUGUUCUUCUAUUGAAGGCAAUCAAGGAGACGCAAGAGGGAAUUGAAAAGUUACAGAAGGAGUUAGUCGUGUUGAAUGGCGUUUUGAUGAGGGACGAGUCUGUAGCGAGGUCGAUGUCACGUCUCCAACUGAACCAGACUGCUAUGAAACCUAAAACGGCACAAGAAGCUCAAAAGGAGAUUCUAGACGCCGAACUGGACAUCAUAACUAAGCAACAGGAGGGACAGGACGUGACUGAGCUGAUAAAGAAGAUUGCCCUGAUGCGUAAACAGAUGGCCAUACAGUUCCCCACGCACCCCAUCGCACGUCGACCCCACUCCAGCUAUCGAAUUAUGAAAAGAAAGCUUAGUGUUGCGCACAGGGGCGGGCGGUUCAACCCGGCGAUGCGGUACACUCGCGGCGCGGCCCCGCCCAAGUACAGCGUCAACCAGACCGUCGACCACCGCCCCAAGGCGCUGCUUAUCUCCGGCUUCGAGACCGACGAGCUGGACGCUGUGCAGGCGCAUUUCGCGCAAUUCGGUGAAAUAACGGGCAAGGACGUGAACAUGUCGGUGCCGGAGCUGCGGCUGCAGUUUGCGGCGCGCGCGCACGCCGAGCAGGCGCUCGCACGCGGACGACACUACAACGACCGCACGCUAUCCAUAACUUGGGUGACGAACAACAAGCCGUUCCCGAUGAACGUGGCGGCGCCCGCGCAUAACGGCGAGUCCAUGCAGACUGACACCAAGGAGGUCGAGCCCCAGGAGCUCUCAGAGGACGCGUUGCUGCGCUUCGACGAGGAGGAUGAAGAGGAGGAGGACCGCUCCUGGAGGCGUUGACACCAACAUCAGCAACGGCAGCAACAACAACGGCAGCAGCAACAACAUCAACAACUGCAGCAGCAACUAUUGCAGAGACAACAAACCUCCUUAGAUAUACUUGUACGGUUUUUAACGGAAUUUUUUAUAAGUCUCAAAGUCCCAAUCAAAGUUUGUGUUUCAAAAUUAAUUGGGAUGCCAGGUUUAUAGAAUCAUUUUGUAAUGGUAAGAUUUUUUUUAACACGUUGAAGACUAUUAACAUUUUGUCACAAAAUAUUUCAUUUAAAAUUAGUUGAAGCUCUUAUUCGGAUAAUUGUUCGAGUAUAAAAUUCCGCUAGAAACCUACGUAAUGUACAAAAAUUAUAUAAAAAAAUAGUCAGAACGUAUAUUUAUAAAUGUGGUUAUCUAAAUGAUAUAACUUUUUCUCUAAUUGGCUGUAUAAAAUAUUUAUAUUCGUUAUACAUAGUAAAAUCGAUUUGGAUUCUUCAAUUAAUCUAAGACAUCUUUAUAUUUCUAAAAUAGUUUUUACUUUGGCUAGGUUCUCCAUUCGAUAUAUCGUCAUACUAUUGGGUUUUCAAACAUAUUUAUUGUUUGUCUCGUAUUUGAAUAGCACAUGUUAGAACUUGUAAAAUUUUAUUUUAAGAUUGCUUUUGCAAGAGUUUAGCUGCAUCGGAUAUGAAUUAGCGGAUUUAUUUCACCCGUCACAAAAAUAUACGCCUUCACUUGUCGUAAGUCUUAAAGACUUUUGCUCUUUUCUAUAUAAUCAAACUUAUAUAAUCAAACGUAUAGCCUGUCAAGAAAGUGAAUAAAUUAAAAAGUGGCAACAUCAUCGUG